AAUAUGCCCUAACAAGUCAUCCAGAUAAAAGGUGGUUUUUUCUUCCCGUUUUCUUCCUUUUUUCCCUUAAUUUCAAAGCUCUCUUUCUCUAUUCUCUUUGGCGUAUCUAUCGCUUUGAUUUCGCGUCCUUGCUGUGCACUCGAUGGCAAAUCGAUGGUUGAGGCCUGAGGUGUAUCCGCUGUUCGCGGCCGUAGGUGUUGCUGUCGGAAUCUGCGGGUUUCAGUUGGUGCGAAAUAUCUGCAUCAACCCUGAAGUCAGGGUAACCAAGGAGAACAGGGCUGCUGGGGUUUUGGACAACUUUGCUGAGGGAGAAAAAUAUUCUGAACAUUUCUUGAGAAAAUAUGUCCGCAACAAGACGCCAGAAAUCAUGCCCAGUAUCAACAGCUUCUUCACUGACCCAAAGUGAGGCUUCACUCUUGCUUUAUGCUGAAACUAAAAAAUAAAAAUAAAAAAAUAGAAGAACUAAGUCUUAUUCAAUCAAUACCAAGUUAUGCCCUUUCUUUCUGCUGACUGUGAUGCAAAUUUGUGUUGGUUUUGCACUUGGAUGAGGUGUGUUUUUUAAGAGAAUAAAAGGUGUUCUGGAUUUUUCGAA